ACCUCAAGUGAUCCACCUGCCUUGGCCUCCCAAAGUACUGGGAUUACAGGUGUGAGUCACUGAGCUCAGCUAGUGGACCCAAGUCUUAACAGGAGCUGGAUGUGGAAGUUAAAGAGUCUCUUGGGGCCAGGUGUGGUGGCACACACCUGUAAUCCCAGUGCUACGGGAGGCUGAGGAUGGAGGAUCACUUGAACCCAGGAGUUCAAUGCAGCAGUGGUGCUAUGAUCACGCCACUGCACUCCAGCCUGGGCAACAGAGCGAGACCCUGUCUCAAAAACAAACAAGAAGAAAAAAAAAAGAGGCUGGGCAUGGUGGCUCAUGCCUGUAAUCCCAGCAGUUUGGGAGGCCGAAGUGGGUGGAUCACUUGAGCCCAGGAGUUUGAGACCAGCCUGGCCAACAUGGUGAGACCCUAUUUCUAUUAAAAACUCCAAAAAUUAGUGGGGGCGUGGUGGCAGGUGCCUGUAAUCCCAGCUGGUUGGGAGGCUGAGGCAGGAGAAUUGCUUGAACCCGGGAGGUGGAGAUGGCAGUGAGCCGAAAUCACGCCACUGCACUCCAGCCUGGGCAACAGAGUGAGACUCUGUUUAAAAAAAAAAGAAAGAGAGACAGACAGAGAGGAAGAAAAUCACAGGAGUGGACAAGGUCUUUCUUGUGCCCCCUUGUGUUCCAUGCUCCCUUGGAGCACAAGAAGAGACCUUUGGACAGGGCAGUGAAAUUUACAAAACAGAUUCUCUGUUUUCUGCCAGGCUGUGUGGAUAUAGCCGUGAACAAGACAGGUCACCAGCAGGUAACAUGGGUAGGAAGUGUCCAGGAGGGUGUGAUCGGGUGGGUCCCGUGAGAGGAUGACAUUCGAGUAAAGGAAGUUAGGGAAAGAGGGAGCCACGUUGGUAUCUGGCUCAAGAACAUUUCUGCAGAGGAAACAGAACAUGCAAAGUUCCUGAGGCAGGAAUCUGCUGUAACUUUAAACAACAGGAGGAAAGCAAUGCAGGAGAAGAGUAACAAGAGUUGAAAUCAAGAGGAAAUAUUCUGUGAAAGAAAACUGGUUAACAUCAAGGCCAGACGCGGUGACUCACGCCUAUAAUCCCAGCACUUUGGGAGGCCGAGGUGGGCAGAUCUCUUGAGAUCAGGAGUUCGAGACCAGCCUGGCCAACAUGGCGAAACCCCGUCUCUACUAAAAGUAUAAAAUUAGCCGGGCACAGUGGUGGGUGUGCUGUAAUCCCAGCUAUUUGGGAGGCUGAGGCAUGAGAAUCGCUUGAACCUGGGAGGUGGAGGUUGCAGUGAGCUGAGAUCGCCACUGCACUCCAGCCUGGGCAAUAGAGUGAGACUCCGUCUCAAAAAAAAAAAUUCAAACAAACAAACAGACUGGUAACAUCAUUAGUCAUCAGGAAAAGGCAAAACAAAACCACAAUGGGCUAGCACGUCACACCUACUACGAUGGCUAUCAUAAUCAAAAAAGGAUGUUGCAAGGAAGUGGCGAAAUUGGAACCUUUGUGUAAUGCCGGUGGGGAUGGAAAAUGGUACUGUUACUGUGGGAAACAGUUGGGCAAUUACUCAAAAAGUUCAACAUAGAGUUACAAAAUGACCCAGCAAUGACCCACUUCUAGGUAUAGACCCAAAGGAAUGGAAUCCAGGGACUCCAACUACAUAUUCACAAAUGUUUAUAGCUGUACUUAUUCACUAUCGCUAAAAGGCAGAAACAGCCCAAAUGACCAUCAGCUGAUACGUGGAUAAACAAAAUGUGGUCCAUCCAUAUGGCGCAAUGCUAUAUAGCUGCAAGUGGAAUGCACUUCUGAUACAUGCUGCAACUUAGAUGAACCUCAACACCCUUAUGCUCAGCUGCACGCAGUGGCUCACACCUGUAAUCCCAGCACUUUUGGAGGCCAAGGCAGGAGGAUCCCUUGAGUCCAGGAGGUCGAAACCAGCCUGGUGAACAUAGCGAGACCCCAUCUCUGCAAAAGAAAAUUUUAAAAAAUUGGCCAUAUGUGGUGGCGUGCACCUGUAGUCCCAGGCAAUGUGGAGGCUGAGGCAGGAGGAUCUCUCAAGCCCAGGAGUUCAAGGCUGCAGUGAGCUAUGAUCGCACCACUGCACUCCAGCCUGGUGACAGAGCAAGACCCUGUCUCAAAAACAAAAAGCAAAAACCAAAACAACCUAUUAUGCUUGGUGGAAGAGGCCAACACAAAUGGUCACAUAUUGUAUGAUUCCAUUUGUAUGAAAUAUCAAGGAGGUCGGGCAUGGUGGCUCAUGCCUGUAAUCCCAGCACUUUGGGAGGUCGAGGCAGAUCCCUUGAGGUCAAGAGUUCAAGACCAGCCUGGCCAACAUGGUAAAAUCCAUCUCUACUACAAAUACAAAAAUUAGCCGGGUGUGGUGGUGCGCACCUGUACUCUCAGCCACUUGGGAGGCCGAGGCAGGAGAAUUGCUUGAACUUGGGAGGCAGAGGCUGCUGUGAGCUGAGAUCAUGCCACUGCACUCCAGUCUGGGUGACAGAGUGAGACUCUGUCUCAAAAAAAAAAAAAAAAAUCAAGAAGUGGUAAAAAUAUAGAGAGACAGCAGAGAAUGCAGAUUAGUGGUUGCCAGGGGCUGGGAGGAGGGAGGAAUUGAGUGAUUGCUUUAUGGGAACAGGGUGUAGGGGAGGAAACAUACUUUUUCCUUUAUUCUUAGUUCUUAGCUGUGAUGGAUCCUUGCAAUGAAAGAAUUAAGAAGGGCGGGUGGAGUGGUUCACGCCUGUAAUUCCAGCACUUUGGAAGGUCGACGUGGGACGAUUGCUUAAGCCCAGGGCUCAAGGCCAGCCUGGGUAAGAUGAACAAUUCUUAACGUCCAAAGAUAACGUCUUUCCUUAACGUCGAAAGAUGCCUUGUUGUGAUAUUACAGCAGUCAUUCCUGCUCACUACGGGCAAGCAGACAGUGCAGAAAAGGUGAAGCACAAAAACUAAAAAGGAAAAUCUCUCCUUGAACCACUGCGAACAGAUCCGAGUGCUGGGGUACUGCUGCCAGCUGGUUGGUGGAGUUCUGGUUGAACAGUGUCCUGCCAGGUCCGAAGUGGGGACGCGUCUGUUGGUGGUGUCCACCCAACUCAGCCACUGCAGGACCAUCUUGCGACUCUUUGAUGACCUGGCCAUGUUUGUCUACACUAAGCAAUAUGGCCUGGGGGCACAGGAGGAGGACGCCUUUGUCCGCUGGGUCUCCGUCCUAGGGAACCUGGCCGACCAGCUCUACUACCCCUGUGAGCACGUCGCCUGGGCAGCUGAUGCCCGGGUCCUCCACGUGGACUCUUCUCGGUGGUGGACGCUGAGUACAACCUUGUGGGCCCUCUCUCUGCUCCUGGGGGUUGCCAGGUCCCUGUGGAUGCUGCUGAAACUGAGACAGAGGCUGCGGAGCCCCACGGCGCCCUUCACCAGCCCACUGCCCCGGGGCAAGCGGAGGGCCAUGGAGGCGCAGAUGCGGUCGGAGGCGCUGUCACUUCUCAGCAACCUGGCCGACCUGGCCAACGCCGUGCACUGGCUGCCCCGGGGCGUGCUGUGGGCCGGCCGCUUCCCGCCGUGGCUAGUGGGCCUCAUGGGCACCAUCUCCUCGAUCCUCAGCAUGUACCAGGCGGCCUGGGCCGGCGGCCAGGCCGAGGCCACUACCCCCUGACACUGCCGGAAGAGCACAGGGACACAGCCAGAGCCCACGGAGGGCCCUUCCCGCAAAGCAGAAGCCGCCAGGGCAGGGGCCAGGGCUCUCAUGGAGCUGCCUGUGGUGAAACCCAUGGGCAGGGUGGGUGGAGGGACUGAUGCGAGGUGCCCCAGGCCUCAGCCUGGAGCUCCUGAGCCGUGACAGUUUUCAAGGGCCGUGCAGGGCUUCAGCAGCACCUCCUGCCUGCCAGCUGGCGUCUUGUAUCCAAAUCAAGAUGAGGAAGAGGGGGCCUGUCGUGCCUUGAGAAAGCUGGAACGGGAAUCAAUUAAACAUUGUGGUGCUGGC